UUUCCUUGUUCAGGUACCACAGAAAUAUCUAGUAUACUAUAAUACUAGAUUAAACACUAAUGAUUUAAACUAUGCUAUUUACUUGGAUAACAGAACCAUUGUAAUGAAUAUUUUUGCAUGUGUCUAUUAUACUUAAGGGAUCUGAAGUACAUUUAAAAUAGUACCCCUGGCUGUUCUUUCCACUUUCUCUUUCUGCUCUAGGUAUAUUCCUCUUUUAGGUAGUAUUAUAAUUGAUGUGAUGAUAAAGGAUCUGAGAGAGUUGCCCUUGUUCUCUUGCUAUGGGUAUGCCAGUAUGCUUCACAGGAUGGUAAGAACACGUGUGUAUGAUUUCCCUCCUGUAAGUGGGAAAAGGGUUACCUGGCCCAGGUUCUGUAUUCCAAACAGAGAAGAGGAACAGAGUCUAACUGGCAUCAAAGUUACCUUGGUCAAGGAGAACAGGCACAAGGUCUCUGGAUAAAGGCCUAAAAAUAGCUGGCCAGAGGAUAGAGUACAAUAAUAGCACAGACUACAGGGGAAGAGUCUCAUAGGUUGAACUUCCAGCCUUCUUUCCAGUCUCAUGGCAGAGUCCAGGAAUGAGCCCACUGCAGGGGGUUCAAGAAACCCUUCUUGAUAGGACUUUGACUGUCUUUUCUUUUCUGUGUCUACCAUUUUCCCUGCUUGUUCAGCACUUAACUUCUUUGUCUAUGUCCUCUCUUAUCCCUUACUUCCUUCCUUAUUUCCUCUCUCUGAUCAGAUCCAGAUGGACACAUGAGCAUAGGGAGGGCAAUGAGCCAGGGGAGACCACUCAGAUCACAUACCGUCAACUUCUAGUUCAAGUGUGUCAGUUCAGCAAUGUUCUCCGAAAACAGGGCAUUCAGAAGGGUGACCGAGUGGCCAUCUACAUGCCCAUGAUCUUGGAGCUCGUUGUAGCCAUGCUGGCAUGUGCCCGCCUUGGGGCUUUACACUCCAUUGUGUUUGCAGGCUUCUCUGCAGAGUCUCUAUGUGAACGGAUUCUGGAUUCCAGUUGCAGUCUUCUCAUCACUACAGAUGCCUUCUACAGGGGGGAAAAGCUUGUGAACCUGAAGGAGUUGGCUGAUGAGUCCCUGGAGAAGUGUCGGGAGAAAGGUUUCCCAGUGAGAUGCUGCAUUGUGGUCAAGCACCUAGGGCGGGCAGAACUGGGCACGGGUGAUUCCCCCAGCCAGUCUCCCCCAGUUAAGAGGUCAUGCCCAGAUGUCCAGGGUAAGCUGAAAGAGAAAUCCAAGCGCAUUCGGCCCCAGAUCUCCUGGAAUCAAGGGAUUGACUUAUGGUGGCAUGAGCUCAUGCAAGAGGCAGGGGAUGAGUUUGAGCCUGAGUGGUGUGAUGCUGAGGACCCCCUCUUUAUCCUAUACACCAGUGGUUCCACAGGCAAACCCAAGGGUGUGGUACACACAGUUGGGGGCUACAUGCUCUAUGUGGCUACAACCUUCAAGUAUGUAUUUGACUUCCACCCGGAGGAUGUGUUUUGGUGCACAGCAGACAUUGGCUGGAUCACUGGCCAUUCUUAUGUCACCUAUGGGCCACUGGCCAACGGUGCCACCAGUGUUUUGUUUGAGGGGAUCCCCACAUACCCAGAUGUGAGCCGCCUGUGGAGCAUUGUGGACAAAUACAAGGUGACCAAGUUCUACACAGCACCCACAGCCAUCCGUCUGCUCAUGAAGUUUGGAGAUGAGCCUGUCACCAAGCAUAGCCGGGCAUCCUUGCAGGUGCUAGGCACAGUGGGUGAGCCUAUCAAUCCUGAGGCCUGGCUAUGGUAUCACAGAGUGGUAGGGGCCCAGCGUUGCCCCAUCGUGGACACCUUCUGGCAAACAGAGACAGGUGGCCACAUGUUGACACCCCUCCCUGGUGCCAUACCCAUGAAACCUGGUUCUGCAUCCUUCCCAUUCUUUGGUGUAGCUCCUGCAAUCCUGAAUGAAUCUGGAGAAGAGUUGGAAGGUGAAGCUGAAGGUUACCUGGUGUUCAAGCAGCCCUGGCCAGGAAUCAUGCGCACAGUUUAUGGCAACCACACACGCUUUGAAACCACCUACUUUAAGAAGUUCCCUGGGUACUAUGUGACAGGAGAUGGCUGCCGGCGGGACCAGGAUGGCUAUUACUGGAUCACUGGCAGAACUGAUGACAUGCUUAAUGUAUCUGGGCAUCUGCUAAGUACAGCAGAGGUGGAGUCAGCACUUAUGGAACAUGAGGCUGUGGCAGAAGCAGCUGUGGUGGGCCACCCGCAUCCUGUGAAGGGUGAAUGCCUCUACUGCUUUGUCACACUGUGCGAUGGCCACACCUUCAACCCCACCCUCACUGAGGAGCUCAAGAAACAGAUUAGAGAAAAGAUUGGCCCCAUUGCCACACCAGACUACAUCCAGAAUGCACCUGGCUUGCCUAAAACCCGCUCAGGGAAAAUCAUGAGACGAGUGCUCCGGAAGAUUGCUCAGAAUGACCAUGACCUGGGGGACACGUCUACAGUGGCUGACCCAUCUGUCAUCAGUUACCUCUUCAGCCACCGCUGCCUGACCAUCCAGUGAACAAGACUGUCCUUUGCCCAGGAUUCCCCUUGCUUGGCUCAAAGUUCUGCCCAUCCGCCCUGCCCCGCCCCACUUCCAGGAAUGAUGAGGGCCAGAGCUGGCCCACACUUUGUCCCUGAGUGGAGACAGUUUCCUGUGACUUCCAGGCAGAAGGGACAGAGCCAGGGUAGCCUCAAGAGUGAUGUGCCAGAACAGGGACCUGAAAGCCAUGUCCCCAAACCAAGUUAGAGGGCAAAUGAAGGUCUGGACUGAAGCAAGGCAGCAACUCAUAACCCUAUGUCAGCUUUCUCAGGAAGCACCACCUCUUGAGUAUGCACUUACCUUCCUAAAUGAUAGUCUGUGAGUCCAGGAAUAAUUAUUAUUUUUAAAAUACUUUGCACUUCUAUUCUGAAUCUGAUUUUCCUUUCAAAUGGCAUAACUGCCCAUUUGCUCCAGGGACUAUGACUGUUGGGUCAGUCUCCAGAGGGUUUUCAGAUCACCUGCUUCUUUGAAGGAGUAGAUGUGUUUUAUUCCUAGGAUCAGAGGAACUUGUCUUCCUUGUUCUGUCCCACACUUCAUGAACAGAGCCCUGCCUCUGAGAGACACUCUCAGGUUAAACUCUUAUUUUCUUGUCCUAGUCUGCUCAAGCCUCACGGUUAUAGGAAUAAAGUCUGUGACCUCAAGAGACUGGUGAUUGGUUUUCUUAGGUAUCUCCCAGGAUGUGUAAAGCUGCUCUGGUUUGUGUGGCAGAUGGGAAGGAGAGUGGUAUUUCCUAGGACAACCCCAAUAUCUUUCUCCUAGAACUUUUGGUUGGGGAAGAGCUAGGCAAAACUUCACUCAGGACCUCUGACAAGCUCCGAGCUAAGCAGUAGUGACUGAAGUCAGUUUACAACCGUGAUGUCCCAUCAUGUUGCUCUCCCACCUGGGUUCCUGCCAGGCCAUCUCUCCUUCCAU